AGAAACCUUAAUCUGUUUGCGGUUUUUAUUACACAGAUUAUGCUUAUUUAUAAUAAUUGCCGUUAACUUCUUUAUGAAAAAUAUAACGUAAAAUGCGGUUUUAAAACCACGUGUUUAUAUUUUUAUAUUUAUGUAUAUGGCACAAAGCUUUGCUGAAUCUGUUGUUUUUAAUCGUGUACGUUAAACAAAUAGUCGUUGCUAAGGCAGCUAUCCCGUUAGCAUGUCGAGUUUAAAUCAUUAUACCUGCUGAAAUAUAACAGUUAACAUUAUGCGGGUUUUUAUGGGUAGAAAACAUGCGUGAAAUGUACUUUCGGUUUAUGGAAAAAUGUUAUCCAUAAUAUUCCGUGUCACACUGGCUCUCUGUUAGCCACAUAGCCAGCUGCUCUUUCUCUCUCUCUGUUUACUGUCAGACUCAGACACAGUCACACGUGAAUUCUAGAGAUAUUUCAUCUCCUCCUUUGGACGAGGUUCGGGAAUAAGUGCAAUAUGGAAACGAAUGUUCAGAAAAGACGAGAAAACAAGAAGUCGUUACGGGUUAAGGUCAUUAGUCUGGGAAAUGCAGAGGUGGGGAAGAGCUGCAUUAUUAAACGAUACUGUGAGAAGCGGUUUGUGCCCAAGUAUCUAGCCACCAUCGGGAUAGAUUAUGGUGUGACCAAGGUCCAGGUUCGAGACAGGGAGAUAAAAGUAAACAUUUUUGAUAUGGCUGGACACCCUUUCUUUUAUGAGGUCCGCAAUGAGUUUUAUAAGGACUCUCAGGGGGUGAUUCUAGUCUAUGAUGUUGGUCUGAGGGAGAGUUUUGAUGCUCUGGACAGCUGGCUCACAGAGAUGAAGCAGGAAAUGGGCUCACAGGCCAACAUGGAGAACAUCAUCUUCAUUGUGUGUGCCAACAAGGUUGACCUGACAAAAAGGCGAGUUGUGGAUGAGAGUGAGGGGAGACUCUGGGCUGAGAGCAGAGGAUUUCAUUACUUUGAAACCUCUGCUCAGAGUGGCGAAGGCAUCAAUGAAAUGUUUCAGGCCUUUUUCUCAUCUAUAACUGAUAUGUGUGAAAAUGGAGGCAAGAGACCCACUCCAGAGGUCAGUGUAGGUUUUACUAAAGAGCAGGCCGACACCAUCCGACGCAUCCGCAACAGCAAAGACAGCUGGGAUAUGCUGGGGGUUAAACCCGGGGCCACGAGGGAGGAAGUCAACAAGGCAUACAGGAAGUUGGCUGUACUGUUGCACCCGGACAAGUGCGUGGCCCCAGGCAGUGAAGAUGCCUUUAAAGCAGUGGUUAACGCUCGCACAUCCCUGCUCAAGAAUAUCAAUUGAUCAGCUUCACAUUGCCAUUAGUUGGAGUUGGAGAAUUACCUCACAUUUGCAGAGUUCCCUUCUCAGUGUCGAGUACGCUUAAGGCACAUGGAGAAGCCUCUGGACUCCAGCAAAGACUUCGCAACAGCUGAGUUUGACAGUCACCAAAGCUGUCUUGUUUAUAAUGUAAUAUACAUGUCAAUGUCCAAAGUUGUUGUAGGGAAACAACAAUAAUGCUGUAAAGUGCGUAUCUGUCAAGCCUCAGCCCAGAUCAUGUGCACGUCACAUCAUCUUGGAGUGUGAAGAUGACAUUGGUGGACCCUUCCUUUUUGCAGUCUGUCCUGUGACUGUUGUGCUGCUUUUUCCCAUAGAUGUACAGGUGAAAGACCACUUAUUUACCAACUUAUUUCUGAGUCAGACUUGUUUAAUCCCGACGAACCUCACAGUGACACCAUGACCUACAUGGAUGAUUCCCAGUUUUUCCUCUGCUUCACCUUAGCUCACUCCAAAGAGGAGGAAGAGCAUGAGAAGAAAAUGUUACUUGUCUAAUACCUUUGCAUCAGUGCAAUAUAAAAGUGCAUUAUUUAAAAUAAAAAUAAAUUCAUAGUUAUUUUUAUGUAAGUCUAUUUAGUUUUAACACUAGAUGUCUAGUAUUUAGUUUUAACACUAGAUGUCAUGCACAUGCAGUUUGUUAAUUGCAUGUUAACUUAUGGGUACUACAUAUAUACAUAUGUAGUACCCACCUCUAAUAUAUAUAUAUUAGAGGUGGGCAUAGAUUAAUUUUUUUAAUCUAGAUUAAUCUC